AUGGUUGGCCCUUUCGUACAGGGCAUGUUUCUGAUAGGGAUUAUCUAUUGGUAUUCCAAGGGUAUGAUGUCAAUGAUUAAUGAUUAUUAUCGUAGUGAAUUUCAACGUAAAUUGCAAACUGAAGGUGCUGUGAAGCAGCCUGCCAAGGGUGAGACACCCGUUAAUGUGGAUAACUUUAUGGAUUAUGUCAGGGAAAUGGAUACGCCCCCUGACCAGCAUGGGCACGAGAAACGUAUGCAAAUAGUUUGGAGACAGGACUAUUCGGUUAUAUUGCUGCGUUUCCUUGAAAUCACUGGCUCUUUGCCAGCAUUAGAAGUCUGCUGGAAUAGUUCCAGUUCUGUAAGUUAACCAAAAGAUAAAAUAACAAAAAAUUAGAUUUUAUAUUGCAUUGCCUUAAGUAAAGUCUAUGGAAUUUUCUGCUCCAAAUGGGAGGUGUUUUGUUUUAUUGCUGAAUAUAUAUUUAAUAUUGUAUGUAGUAUGUACUUAUAUGUGGAAUUUUCAACAUUUCAUUCAAUAAACUCUAUGAAUACCAUGCAAAUAUA